GUCUGUCUGUGAGGAGCUCUUCCAACUUCAGAUUUCCCUGUGAGAUUCAGUGACCCUCCAGAUGAGCUCCGACCCUCCUCCUCUUCAUCUUUAUCCUCCUCCUCCUCCGUACCGUCCUCUCGGUCCUGACGGCCCUUCGGCUCCCGUCUUCUCUUCAGGUCUCAUGUCUGCACCAGGCACCUUCCCCGGCUCCCCUUACCAGACCUUCCCUCAGUCUUUCUCGGGUGGAGGAGAUCUCUCAUACUACCAGGGCUCUGGAGGAGUCGCUGGUUCGAUGCCGCCUCUCGGGCCCAUGGUGACUCAGCCUGGAUACCAGGUGGGGCCCCCCGGGUCUCCCGUGGCCCCCUACCCAUCCAAACACACAGUGUUUGUGGUUCAUCCUCAGCAAGAAGCUGCCAGCGGUGGAGUCAGUGGCAUGGGCUCUCGUCUGGCGGCGUUGUCCACAGCGCUGUGCUGCUGCUCCCUGCUGCCUCUGGCUUUUCAGCACUGCUGCUGACCUCCGUCAUCAGGAUAAAGAAAUAAUUAUUUAAUCUCCUGU